AUGGUCGUGCCACUGGUCCUGAAGCUGCUCAACGUGCUGCUCCAAUCCCAACACGCCAACACCAACGACAGACUCUCUAUCGCUCUCAUGCUACGGCAGUCGCCCAAGCCGCCGCCGCCCGGCCGCUCCUGGGACGGCGACAAACCCAGGCCCGGGGGGGAGCCCCCCGAGGGGAGAGAGGUGAGGGGGGGAGAGAGGGAGGCAGUGUGGGGGAUGAGUGUGUGUUGGGGGGUGAAGGAGUGGGUGUUUGAUAGCGAGACAGAAACUGAGACAGGCAAAAGCAUUUGUAUUGUAUCUCUUCAAGAGCCCGAUACUGUAGAUCUCAGUAGUCUAAUAUGAAAUAGUUUGUUCCUGAGUUGUUAUUGUUGUUGUUGUUGUUUUGUAUAAGUAUCUGGGGUAUUUCACAGUGAAAUACAUAUGAUACAUACACUUGCUCUAAAUGAAAUUUCAACUGUGUAGGUUCUAAACCAGGACCAGCUUGGUGUUAGGUUCUAAACCAGAACCAGUCCUGACUGGAACACACUCUGCUACUGAUCUACAAAUAUUCAUCUCUGAUCAGAGAUUCAGGCUUUUCCUCUCUCUCUUCUCCUCUCCCUCCCACACCAUUUAGAGAUUGGCAGAGUGUGGGUUAGGAGGACCCUUAGAGGGACCAGCCAAACUGUGCUGCUGGAGAACAGGAGCCCAGAUCGUGAUGUAGAAACAGCAACAAACCAGCCCCUGGCAGAGGGAAAAUGGAGGGAGAGAGAGAGAGUGACAGAGAAAGAGAGCAAAACAAAGGGAGACAGAAAAAAAGAGGAUGAAGGGAGAGUGAGACAUCACCUUCUCUGUUACUCCCACGCGGUGUUAUGCCUUCAACUUUUAGGCUGGUCAUGCUGCUUUCUUCUGCCAAUUCAGAGGUGUUGUACAUUACAGUAGAGAGGGGUGGGGGGGGGGGGGGCUAGUGAGAGUGCCUUACUCUGCCUGUGAAAAGGGCAUGUCGGGGACCUGUGUUCGCCCACCCCUACUCGUGUGCGUGUAUUUGUGCACAUUUGUGUGCGUUUGUGUGGCAAGUCAGCUCAGAUAGCGCAGGUGGGCGAAGCGUGAGGAUAUCACCCUGAUAUCUUUAACCAUGUGAUCUUCGCCCGCCUCUUAAGGAUUAAGGUACCUUGUGAGACGGCUUAAAUCUGAGUGUCACUUAUACUGAACAGAGAGUUAUCCCUGACUGGGCUGACAUGAGAGAUGAAGGGAAGGAAGGGAGGAAGGAAGGAAGGAAGGAAGGAAGGAAGGAGGAAGGAGGAAGGAAGGAAGGAAGGGAGGAGAGAGAGAGAGGGAGAGAGAGACGAGAGAGAGAGAGAGAGACUGAGAGAGAGGAGAGGGAGGGAGAGAGAGAGAGAGAGAGAGAAGAUGGGGAUGAGGGGAGAGAGAGAGAGAGACGAGGAGAGAGGAGGAGAGAGAGAAGCGAGAGAGAGAUGAGGGAGAGAGAGGAGAGAGAGAGAGAGAGAGAGGGGAGAGAGAGAGAGAGAGAGAGAGAGAGGAGGAGAGAGAGGAGAGAGAGGAGGAGAGAGAGAGAGAGAGAGACAGAGGAGAACAGGUGCCUUUGCUACCCUUUUGGCAUUUUCCUCCUAUUAAGGUUGUCUGAACAUGUAAUCAUUAAUGUAGUUAAGUAUCACAUUAAUUCUGAUCUAAUUGGGGAGGUUGUAUUAGAGGUGAUUGGGGUCAGGCUAAUCAUAACUCUGACCUUCCUCCUGGUUAAUACGGCUCUCUAACACACUGUAUUGUUUCCCUGUUUAUGUCGGCAUGACAACACAAAUCAAAUCAAAGUUUAUCUGUCAUAUGCACAGGAAAUGCUUACUUGUGAGGUUCCUCAACAGUGCAAUGAAAAUUAGUAGGUAGAAUACUAGAGCAAUAAGGCAAUAGUAUGUGUGUAGUAUGGGCAGUGAGUGUUCAAAACAUUAAGAACACAGAUGACAUGGGUCCCAUUAUGGACGACAUGGGUCCCAUUAUGCCUGGAGAAAACCAAACACUGCAUUCCACUGUAAGAACCUCAUACCAAUGGUCAAGCAUGGUUGUGGUAGAGUGAUGGUUUGGGGAUGCUUUGCUGCCUCAGGACCUGGACAACUUGCCUUAAUAGAAGGAACCAUGAAUUCUGUUCUGUAUCAGAGAAUUCUACAAGAGAAUGUCAGGCCAUCCAUCUGUGAGCUGAAGCUGAAGUGCAGCUGGGUCAUGCAGCAAGACAAUGAUUCAAAACACACAAUCAAGUCUACAUGAACAUGGCAAAAAAACAACAGUCCAGACCUAAUCCCAAUUGAAAUGUUGUGGCAGGACUUGUGGCAGGACCCAGAAAUGUCACUGAGUUAAAGCAGUUCUGCAUGCAAGAGUGGGACAGAAUUCCUCGACAGCGAUAUGAGAGACUGAUCAACAACUACAGGAAGCAUUUGGUUGCAAUCAUUGCAGCUAAAGGUGACACAACCAGUUAUUGAGUGUUGCAUAACUUUGUUAAUUCAAUGAAUAAAAUAUUAGUUUGUUAUUUGUAAACUCAGGUUCCCUUUAUCUAAUAUUUGGUUUGGUUGAAGAUCUGAUAACAUUCAGUAUUACAUUUACAUUUAAGUCAUUUAGCAGACGCUCUUAUCCAGAGCGACUUACAAAUUGGUGCAUACAUUUAUAAUUAUUUUUUUAUGGGGGGGGGGGGGGGGGGGGGGUAGAAAGAUUACAGUUAUACUAUUCCAGGUAUUCCUUAAAGAGGUAGGGUUUCAAGUGUCUCCGGAAGGUGGUCAGUGACUCCGCUGUCCUGGCGUCGUGGGGGAGCUUGUUCCACCAUUGGGGUGCCAGAGCAGCGAAUAGCUUUGACUGGGCUGAGCGGGAACUGUGCUUCCGUAGAGGUAGGGGGGUUAGCAGGCCAGAGGUGGAUGAACGUAGUGCCCUCGUUUGGGUGUAGGGUCUGAUCAGAGCCUGAAGGUAAGGAGGUGCCGUUCCCCUCACAGCUCCGUAGGCAAGCACCAUGGUUUUGUAGUAGAUGCAAGCUUCAACUGGAAGCCAGUGGAGUGUGCGGAGGAGCGGGGUGACAUGAGAGAACUUGGGAAGGUUGAACACCCAUACGGGCAGCAGCGUUCUGGAUAAGUUGUAGGGGUUUAAUGGCACAGGCAGGGAGCCCAGCCAACAGCGAGUUGCAGUAAUCCAGACGGGAGACGACAAGAUGUUAGUGGAGAACGACAGGGUGUUGUCCAGGGUCAUGUCAAGGUUCUUUGCACUCUGGGAGGAGGACACAAUGGAGUUGUCAACUGUGAUGGCGAGAUCAUGGAGCGGGCAGUCCUUCCCCGGGAGGAAGAGCAGCUCCGUCUUGCCGAGGUUCAGCUUGAGGUGGUGAUCCGACAUCCACACUGAUAUGUCUGCCAGACAUGCAGAGAUGCAAUUUGCCACCUGGUUAUCAGAAGGGGGAAAGGAGAAAAUUAAUUGUGUGUCGUCUGCGUAGCAAUGAUAGGAUAGACCAUGUGAGCAUAUGACAGAGCCAAGUGACUUGGUGUAUAGAGAGAAUAGGAGAGGGCCUAGAACUGAGCCCCGGGGGACACCAGUGGUGAGAGCACGUGGUGUGGAGACAGAUUCUCGCCAUGUCACCUGGUAGGAGCCACCUGUCAGGUAGGAUGCAAUCCAAGAGUGAGCAGUGCCGGAGAUGCCCAACUCGGAGAGGGUGGAGAGGAGGAUCUGAUGGUUCACAGUAUCAAAGGCAGCAGAUAGGUCUAGAAGGAUAAGAGCAGAGGAGAGAGAGUUAGCUUUAGCAGUGCGGAGAGCCUCUGUGACACAGAGAAGAGCAGUCUCAGUUGAAUGACCAGUCUUGAAACCUGACUGGUUUGGAUCAAGAAGGUCAUUCUGAGAGAGAUAGCAGGAGAGUUGGCUAGAGAUGGCACGCUCAAGAGUUUUGGAGAGAAAAGAAAGAAGGGAUACUGGUCUGUAGUUGUUGACAUCGGAGGGAUCGAGUGUAGGUUUUUUGAGGAGGGGUGCAACUCUCGCUCUCUUGAAGAUGGAAGGGACAUAGCCAGUGGUCAAGGAUGAGUUGAUGAGCAAGGUGAAGUAAGGGAGAAGGUCUCCGGAAAUGGUCUGGAGAAGAGAGGAGGGGAAAGGGUCAAGCGGGCAGGUUGUUGGGCGGCCGGCCGUCACAAGUUGCAAGAUAAUAAUAAUAAUAAUAAUUUCAUCUGGAGAGAGAGGGGAGAAAGAAGUCAAAGCAUAGGGUGCAAAAAUUGAGAAAACCAGAAAGGUUUGGUCGAAUGCUGCAAUAGCCCAGUGUGGUCAUCUGCUGCAAUAUCCCAUCUGUGACUAGGACCUAUAAGUUGUGUGUACCAAGAUGCCGUUCUGCACACCACUGUUGUACUGCGCCGUUAUUUGCCUGUUUGUGGCGUGCCUGUUAGCGUGCACGAUUCUUGCCAUUCUCCUUCGACCUCCCUCAUCAACAAGCUGUUUUCGCCCACAGGACUGCCGCUGACUGGAUGCUUUUUGUUUGUCACACAGUUCUCGGCAAAAACUAGACACUGUCAUGCGUGAAAAGCCCAGGAGGCCGGCGGUUUCUUAGGUCACUUGUUUUGCCCAUUCUAACAUUCAAUCGAACAGUAACUGAAUGCCUCGAUCCCUGUCUGCCUGCUUUAUAUAGAAAGCCACGGCCACGUGAAUCACUGUCUGGAGGAGCGUACCAUUUUCUUGAAUGUACCUAAUAAACUGGCCACUGUGUGUGUGUGUGUGUGUGUGACAAAGGCCACAUGGAUUUAUUGAAGGCUAAAAAGGAACUCCCCCAGGGCUCCUAUAAAAUACAUUCGGAAACAGACCAACUCAUUUGACAGAAUGCUUUCCUCUGAUUGGGUCUCAAAUCUAAUUAGGAUGUCCAUCUAAGAAUAUCAAGAGAAGGAAAGAGAUAAUAUGACAACAUUUAACUGAAAUUAACUCCGAUCUGUUUUUUAUCUAUAUUUGUUUACAUAUACAGUACCUGAUAUCCGCAUUUCAGUGUAUCCUGUGCGUGACCAAAAAGGUUAAUUUGAUUUGCAUGAAUGAAUUAACCUGUUUAUCUGCAUAUCCAAUUGUUCAGGAAGAGAGAAAUAUGAAAUAAUACAUUACAAUGAACAUGCAUUAUUUAUUGAGAUAAAGUGGACAAUUUAAGGUUGUCUACCAGAAUGCGGGGGUAAAAAACUGUAAAUGCUUCCUGGGUUUGGAGGCAAUCCCUCCACGGUGUACGAGGCUUUUAAACUUUGAAAAUACAGUACCUAAAUUCAUAUUUCAUGCGAGUAAAGCAACAACACCAAGUUAAUCCCCAACACUGUCAUUUAUCUUCCGGGGAAUGUCGCACCCCACCACCAAAAACAAGUUAGGACAACUUUUGGGAGUCUUUUGGAAUGUCGUAAUAAUUAUCAAAUAAAAUAAAAUGUAUUGGUCACAUACACAUGGUUAGCAGAUGUUAUUGCGAGAGUAGCGAAAUGAUUGUUGUUGUUAUUGUCGUAACAUUUAAGUGCAAUCACGUCAUUUGCGUAGCAUUUUAAUGACACUGUAUUUUUACAUUCUUGUGUUAUGCAAUGAGGAUUCCAGGGUCUUUCUCAAACCUCACUGGACUAAAUGACGCUUUCACAUUCGUUCAUAGACGGGUCAGACCAAGGCGCAGCGUGAUAUGCAUACAUGUUUAUUAUACCGAAUAAACACAACGACAAAACAACAAACGAAACAAAACAAAACAAAACGAAACGUGAAGUCCAAGGUAGACACAAACAACAUACCUUACACAGAACAAGAUCCCACAACCCACUAGUGCCAAUAGGCUGCCUAAGUAUGGUCCCCAAUCAGAGACAACGAGCGACAGCUGCCUCUGAUUGGGAACCACACCUGCCAACAUAGAUCUAGAAAACCUAGAUCACAAACAUAGAAAAUCACACCCUGGCUCAACAAAUAAGAGUCCCCAGAGUCAGGGCGUGACAGACGCAGAUAUCUUGUUUAGGGAUUGUUAUCACUGUAGAAAUUAGAGUUGCACUUAAUGCUAUUUGAGAGCAUAGUGUACACUGAAAAAAAAAGAAGUUUCUUAAAUGGUUCUUCCUCAGCUCUUCAGGUUCCUUGGAGAACUCUUGCUCGAUAAAGAACCUUUGAGUUAAGUGGGGGGUUCUUGACGUGGCAUCUACGGUUCUUCAGAAUUCUAAAAGGUUCUUAAAAUGUAUGGAAGCCUGCAGAUGUAUGCCUUUUGUAGCACACAGCAAAUUGGCCAGUGUUAACUAGUCUUGAUUUUUCAGUCUAACAUUUCUAAUUUUUGAAGUCCAUGAGUUAAAUGAAUACUGUAAAGAAUUAAAUUAACAGUGAUGUAAAAGAACCCCAGUGCUGGUUUUAAUAACCAGAGUUAAACCAAAACCACGCUCAUCAUUAUCAUAUUUCCAAGCAUACUCUAUUGCAGGUAGAUUUGAGUUGUUUGUUUCAAUAUCUGUUUUUCAUUGAUUUAUUAAUUGUGCUACUCAAAUAUAAAUAACAUACAUCUAAACUAAUCCAAUCUGUUUGCACCUGUUACUGAAAUGGUUGUUCCAGUUUAGAUGUUUUUAUAAAUUUUUAUUUGAUUUUUUUACAUUUAUUUAACUAGGCAAGUCAGUUAAUAACAAAUUAUUAUUUACAAUGACGGCCUACCAAAAGGCAAAAGGCCUCCUGCAGGGACGGGGGCUGGGAUUAAAAUAUAUAUAUAUAUAUAUAUAGAUAUAUAUGGUGAAGGCUACAGGACUCAAAAUGAAUGAAUGCAACAACCAUGUUUCUAUCACUUGCAAACACCGUCAUGGCUGGUACUGGAAAUUCACACUAAAGGCACCCAGGGAAAUAUGCAAAUAAGGCCCAACACGUUAUUUGCAUAAAACAAGGUGUUGAGUGUGUGUGGUGUUUAAUAAUAAUAAUAUGCCAUUUAGCAGACGCUUUUAUCCAAAGCGACUUACAGUCAUGCGUGCAUACAUUUUUGUGUAUGGGUGGUCCCGGGGAUCGAACCCACUACCUUGGCGUUACAAGCGCCGUGCUCUACCAGCUGAGCUACAGAGGACCAUCCCAUUAAGGUUCUUCAGAUAACUUAAAAUGAUUCCCCUAUGGCACGUGUCAAACUCAUUCCACGGAGGGACGAGUGUCUGCGGGUUUUUGCUCCUCCCUUGAACUUGAUUGAUGAAUUAAGGUCACUAAUUAGGAAGGCACUCCCCUCACCUGGUUGUCUAGGUCUUAAUUGAAAGGAACCAGGAGACACUAUGCCAUCCAUGGAAUAAGUUUGACACCCCUGCCCUAUGCAUUGCCCCCCCCCUUCCACUCACUUUCAAUCCCCCUGUUGUGCACAGAUCGACCCGUGGAUGGGAGAGACCAUCGACCUGGCUGGGGGAGGGGGUCGAUGUUAGCAUCUUAGCGUGUUAGCGCAGGUACAGGAGUUGCUGAGUCACCUCAUCUCUUAACAUUGCACCGAACUGACAAAGCCUAGGUACGGAUUAACAUGGACCUGGAUAGCUGUCUUCUCUAGUUAGCCUAGCUAGCCCCCUCCGCUUUACUCUCUUUUCUCCCUCACGCUAUUUUAACAUGGAGGUUCCCCUCCACAGCUGAGGAACUCUUAUCAAAAGCUAAUAGCCAUGAUAAUGCUAAUAGCUCACUUGUGCUUGUUUGUGUACACUUGGUGUAUGACUGGAGCUGUAUGAGUGAAUUUAUAUGGAUUUGUUACGUAUGUUUGUGAUGUGCUGACUUGAACAAGAUUAAUCAAGAUAGGCCUAUAAUCAAGGUUCAGAUUGUCUAUUGUGUCAUAUUAUAUCGCAUUGGUAUUGCAACCAAAGUUGAAGUGCUAGUUGCAAAUGGCCAUUCAUCAGAUGACCCUGUGGUACCAAGCAAGGUGAUUUGGGAGGCAUUGAAUGAUCACAGCUAGCUCUGGUCCAGGGAAGGCCUUAGGAAGGCUCAGCGUUAGCAAGGCACAUGUAGCGCCCUGUACCAGAGCUAGAUCACAGCAUAAGUGUAUAACGCAUAAGGAACAUGGAUAUACAGCAGCCUAUAUGAGAGGAUCUCUCUGGCUCUCUACACCAGAAUAGUUUAUUCAAGUGGCCUGAUUGCAUAGUUUGAAUCUAAUGAAUUAUGGCAUACAUCAGGGUUUUCCAAAUGCCGGUCUGCAGGCACGUGAUUUUAUUUGGCCCCCCAAUUUUUCUGAGCAAAAAAUGUACAAAAUAAUGUUGUUUAUUAUUUUUGGACAUAAAAGACUGUAACAACACCAGCAAAUCAACUCCAAGUGAUUUUCAUUUUGGAAAUCUGUUCCAAAGUAUUCCCUCGCAUAGUAGAGAUAAAUGUGAUCAUAUACACAUGUAAGCAAGGUUUGAAAUGAUUAUGCUUUAGUCAAAUAUUAUUUCUGUUUGGGCUUCUUGCGGCCAAUUUGCAAUCUACAUAUUAUUUGUAAUUAUGUUCCGGCCCCCUGACCAACCAUUCAAGAAGAAAUCGGCCUGUGGCUGAGUCUAGUUGAAUAUCCCUGGCAUACACUCACAUGCAGUCAGCAGCAAGCCCACAUGUAAGAUGAACAGUUACUAGCACAUUCAGCCAUAUUUAAUGCAUAUGCAAUAUCUAUUUUGAUCAUAAGAUCGUAUUUGAUGUAUAAUUUAAUACACAGCUUGGCCUCUUUGUUGAUGCUACAAAACAUCAUAAACAGCUAUUCUCUCCGCUGAUUUUGUCUGCUGGUUUCUAUCUGGAGUUUGCAGACUAUCAGUAUCUGAAGUUCAGUGGCGGUCGGUGCUUUUUUUAUGAGCAUGGCCUUAUUUCUAUUACAGCAUAUUGGAUGACUGUCAUUCAUAUUCCAUUCACCCAGCUCAAUGUAACAUCAAUAGGUUUAGGCUACUACAUGAUACUCAAAUUUUCCCUGUACCCAUUAUGAGGUUGCUACAACCUAGCCUAUGAAUGAAAGUUUCCAACGUAAAUAAUUUUGAGUAAUCAAGGUGACAGUGUGAUGAGGUGGUGAGUCAGGCGCAGGAGGGUAAAUCACAGAAUAACAGGCCCUGUGUAGCUCAGUUGGUAGAGCAUGGCGCUUGCAACGCCAGGGUUGUGGGUUCGUUUCCCACAGGGGGCCAGUAUGAAAAAAUGUAUGCACUCACUAACUGUAAGUCGCGUCUGCUAAAAUGACAAAAAAAUAUAAAAAAUAAUAACAAUAAUUAAUCCGCAAAAUACAGGUUUACGCAGAAAUGCGUCAAACACACUCCAGGGCACAAAACAGGCGCACUGGAAAAUACAAGGCACAAGGAAAAAAUACUCCUGUCAAUACACAAUACACGAGCUCCACCGAGCUUCACUAACCUCCACAAACAAAUAAUCACCCACACAGACAAGGAAGCAGAGGGAACACUUACUGUAUACCAUGACUAAUGAGGGAAUAAGGACCAGGUGUGUGUGAUUGAAGACAAGACAAAUGGAGUGAUGAUAAAUGGAUCGGCAGUAGCUAGUAAGCCGGUGACGCCGAAUGCCGAAACCUGCCCGAACAAGGAGGGGAGGCAGCCUCGGCGGAAGUCGUGACAGACAGACAGUGACACAUUCAAUACCGCCUUGCACACUCUUGCCUCUAUCUAGCUGAUCUAGGGAGUAAUCAUUAGUCCAACCGUUGCAAACGUGAAUUUCUAUUGGACAAAUUCUGGUAUUUUUAUCCCUGUUUCGUUCCGUUUGCUACCGUUUAAGAAAUGUUUUUCAACAGAAUCGAUGGAAUGAAUUCUCCCCUGAUCACACUCAAACACAGUUCACUUUCAUCACAGCCUCAUGAAAACAGAGUGAUCACUUUGCUCGUUGUAUAUGUAAUAUAUUCUCUCAACUAUCUACGCACUCUCCUCCUCUCACCUCUUUCCUUCACUUGUGGACUUUAGUGCACAACACAUCAGCUGUCUGUGACCAGGCGAAAAAACCUUUCCAAGCCAAACCUUCAUAUUAUGACCACUAUAACCGCUAUGCACAGCCUACAUCGUUGUCAGGUCAUAGUCAACAUAGCUACUAGAACUAACACGUUAGUAAACCCGCUAGAAUCAUGCAGUACAGUGUACAGUCAGAAAGCAGUUUAGCAGUUAUACCGGUGGUCCCCGUUGGCAAUACAUUUAUAAAACCAAAUGCUUACCUUGACUUGGAAGAGUUCCAGUGUUGGAUAGCCAUAGCCAGCUAACUAACAUAGCAUCCAUCUCUGUUUGAGCCAGGUGUUUGAGUAGGCUAAACUAGCUAGCUGCAUUCUCUAGCUAAGUGAAAGUAACAAUGCAGUGCAUAACAUGUGGUGAGUAGUUGACUCAAAGAGAGAACGACAAUAGUUAAACUGUUUUGAACAAAUUAAUUUCUUCCAAAAUUAAGGAGAAGCGAGAGAGAGAGAGAGCGAGAGAGAGAGCUAGCUAUAUUUGGUUGUAUUUUUUUAAACUUUCACUGCUAGCUGUAGCUUAUGCUUUCAGUACUAGAUUCAUUCUAUUUUGAUUGGGUGGACAACAUGUCAGUUCACGCUGCAAGAGCUCUGAUAGGUUGAAGGACGUCCUCCGGAAGUUGUCAUAAUUACUGUGUAAGUCUAUGGAAGGGGGUGAAAACCAUGAGCCUCCAAGGUUUUGUAUUGAAGUCAAUGUACCCAGAGGAGGACAGAAGCUAGCUGUCCUCCGGCUACACCAUAGUGCUGACCUACAGAGUGCUGCUGAGGCUACUUUAGACCAUUGCAAAACAGUGUUUUAAUCAAUUAUUUGAAUAUAUUUAAUAUAGUUUUAUCUAAAAACGGAUAACUUUAAUGUUUCACUAUUUUUAUUUUUAUUAAAUUCACUGAGGAGGAUGGUCCUCCCCUUCCUCCUCUGAGGAGCCUCCACUGCUGAAGUUUGACUCCAGAUGAAACGUAGCUACUCAGAGAGCGAGGAGAUUAACAACUGAAGUGGGGAGCUGACUCUAAGGUGCUCAACUCUUUCCCACGUGCCGUAGAUUAAUGCCUCAAAUUCCUCCCCCAGACCUGCUUCAGUAACUUCACUAAAACUCCCCUUUUUGCGCGUUCUCUUAUUGUGGUAUUUAUAUUUAAAGCCCUACUCCUCCAUGGUAGGUGAGUAAAGUGAGGGAGAUUAGGGAGAAGAGAGCCUUUUUUAAAGUGAUGAUGGUGCUGAUGAAAAUUAAGGAGACGGUUGGAGCUUGGGGAGAGAGAGAGAGAGAGAGCUGGGGAUGAGAGGAUGUAGAGAUGGAGGGGAGAUUAUGUCUGGCUUCUCUGGGAGGAAAUAUGCUCUUUUGUUAUGUUUAAUGGGAAUCGCCAGUGGUGAAGAAGGAAAGGUCAUGGAGAAAGCCAAGUGUCACAUAGGAACACACAGGCACACACACACACACACACACACACACACACACACACAUACACACACACACACACACACACACACACUCACACUCUUUCUCACUCUGACUCGCUCACACUCUCUCUCGCAGCUCUCUUUCUCUCUCAUUCUCCUGUGUGGGCUAUGGCACUGAAAAGGAAGACAUUCAUCUCUCUCACCCCUUUCAUUGUACUCCAUGAUAAUACAUCUCAAGGCAGGGUGAUGGCUGGGUAUACAGUGAGGGAAAAAAGUAUUUGAUCCCCUGCUGAUUUUGUACGUUUGCCCACUGACAAAGAAAUGAUCAGUCUAUAAUUUUAAUGGUAGGUUUAUUUGAACAGUGAGAGACAAAAUAACAACAACAAAAUCCAGAAAAAAACGCAUGUCAAAAAUGUUAUAAAUUGAUUUGCAUUUUAAUGAGGGAAAUAAGUAUUUGACCCCCUCUCAAUCAGAAAGAUUUCUGGCUCCCAGGUGUCUUUUAUACAGGUAACGAGCUGAGAUUAGGAGCACACUCUUAAAUGGAGUGCUCCUAAUCUCAGCUUGUUACCUGUAUAAAAGACACCUGUCCACAGAAGCAAUCAAUCAAUCAGAUUCCAAACUCUCCACCAUGGCCAAGACCAAAGACCUCUCCAAGGAUGUCAGGGACAAGAUUGUAGACCUACACAAUGCUGGAAUGGGCUACAAGACCAUUGCCAAGCAACUUGGUGAGAAGGUGACAACAGUUGGUGCGAUUAUUCGCAAAUGGAAGAAACACAAAAGAACUGUCAAUCUCCCUCGGCCUGGGGCUCCAUGCAAGAUCUCACCUCGUGGAGUUGCAAUGAUCAUGAGAACGGUGAGGAAUCAGCCCAGAACUACACGGGAGGAUCUUGUCAAUGAUCUCAAGGCAGCUGGGACCAUAGUCACCAAGAAAACAAUUGGUAAUACACUACGCCGUGAAGGACUGAAAUCCUGCAGCGCCCGCAAGGUCCCCCUGCUCAAGAAAGCACAUAUAUAGGCCCGUCUGAAGUUUGCCAAUGAACAUCUGAAUGAUUCAGAGGAGAACUGGGUGAAAGUGUUGUGGUCAGAUGAGACCAAAAUGGAGCUCUUUGGCAUCAACUCAACUCGCCGUGUUUGGAGGAGGAGGAAUGCUGCUUAUGACCCCAAGAACACCAUCCCCACCGUCAAACAUGGAGGUGGAAACAUUAUGCUUUGGGGGUGUUUUUCUGCUAAGGGGACAGGACAUUUUCACUGCAUCAAAGGGACGAUGGACGGGGCCAUGUACCGUCAAAUCUUGGGUGAGAACCUCCUUCCCUCAGCCAGGGCAUUGAAAAUGGGUCGUGGAUGGGUAUUCCAGCAUGACAAUGACCCAAAACACACGGCCAAGGCAACAAAGGAGUGGCUCAAGAAGAAGCACAUUAAGGUCCUGGAGUGGCCUAGCCAGUCUCUAGACCUUAAUCCCAUAGAAAAUCUGUGGAGGGAGCUGAAGGUUCGAGUUGCUAAACGUCAGCCUCGAAACCUUAAUGACUUGGAGAAGAUCUGUAAAGAGGAGUGGGACAAAAUCCCUCCUGAGAUUUGUGCAAACCUGGUGGCCAACUACAAGAAACGUCUGACCUCUGUGAUUGCCAACAAGGGUUUUGCCACCAAGUACUAAGUCAUGUUUUGCAGAGGUGCUGGAUACAGCCAUGGUAUAUUGGCCAUAUACCACAAACCCCCGAGGUGCCUUACUGCUAUUAUAAACUGGUUAUCAACGUAAUUAGAGCAGUGAAAAUAAAUGUUUUGUCAUACUCGUGGUAUACAGUCUGAUAUACCACAGCUGUCAGCCAAUCAGCAUUCAGGGCUCGAACCACCUAGUUUACAAUGUAAUAUUUAUUGUAGUGUUUUUGCAGACAUUACUGUAGUAUUUACUAUAGUGUUUUUGUUUUAUGAUCUUUGACAAAGAGGUGGUGGCUUCCUCCUUCAGGAAACCUACUGGAGAAAAACUAAAAUAGUUAGUAAGUUAGUUAGUUAGUUAGUUAGUUAGUUAGUUAGUUAGUUAGUUAGUUAGUUAGUUAGUUAGUUCUGAACAGAGAGUUCAGUAACCUGUAGGGAACACAAUAUGGUAAAUACUUGGUAUGUAGGUUUCUCACUUAUGGGUGGCACAAAUUGCGUUAUGGGGGAGGGGAAUGGGCAGCGUAUAUGCAAGUAAAAUUCUGUGGUAUUUACUGUAGUUAAAAAAGUGUUGUGGUUUUGGAGAAUGUAGUGUUUUUGCAGACAUUACUGUAGUAUUUACUGCAGAGUUUUUUAACUGAUAAUAUUGUUGUAUUUACAUGUAGUCUUCUACAGUAUACUACAAUAUUCUAUAGUUAGUAAUACAUGAUCGAGGGAUAAUACAGUGUGUAGUGUAGUAUUCAACAGCAUACUACAGUUUACUAUAUAAUUCUAUAGUAAAUACUGUAGUAUUCUAUAGUAAACUGUAGUAUUUUUUCAUGUGGGCCUAUAUUUUAUAUGAGCCAUGAGUCGUACAGUGGGGAAAAAAAGUAUUUAGUCAGCCACCAAUUGUGCAAGUUCUCCCACUUAAAAAGAUGAGAGAGGCCUGUAAUCUUCAUCAUAGGUACACGUCGACUAUGACAGACAAAAUGAGGAAAAAAAUUCCAGAAAAUCACAUUGUAGGAUUUUUAAUGAAUUUAUUUGCAAAUUAUGGUGGAAAAUAAGUAUUUGGUCAAUAACAAAAGUUUCUCAAUACUUUGUUAUAUACCCUUUGUUGGCAAUGACACAGGUCAAACGUUUUCUGUAAGUCUUCACAAGGUUUUCACAUACUGUUGCUGGUAUUUUGGCCCAUUCCUCCAUGCAGAUCUCCACUAGAGCAGUGAUGUUUUGGGGCUGUCGCUGGGCAACACGGACUUUCAACUCCCUCCAAAGAUUUUCUAUGGGGUUGAGAUCUGGAGACUGGCUAGGCCACUCCAGGACCUUGAAAUGCUUCUUACGAAGCCACUCCUUCGUUGCCCGGGCGGUAUGUUUGGGAUCAUUGUCAUGCUGAAAGACCCAGCCACGUUUCAUCUUCAAUGCCCUUGCUGAUGGAAGGAGGUUUUCACUCAAAAUCUCACGAUACAUGGCCCCAUUCAUUCUUUCCUUUACAUGGAUCAGUCGUCCUGGUCCCUUUGCAGAAAAACAGCCCCAAAGCAUGAUGUUUCCACCCCCAUGCUUCACAGUAGGUAUGGUGUUCUUUGGAUGCAACUCAGCAUUCUUUGUCCUCCAAACACGACGAGUUGAGUUUUUACCAAAAAGUUAUAUUUUGGUUUCAUCUGACCAUAUGACAUUCUCCCAAUCCUCUUCUGGAUCAUCCAAAUGCACUCUAGCAAACUUCAGACGGGCCUGGACAUGUACUGGCUUAAGCAGGGGGACACGUCUCGCACUGCAGGAUUUGAGUCCCUAGCGGCGUAGUGUGUUACUGAUGGUAGGCUUUGUUACUUUGGUCCCAGCUCUCUGCAGGUCAUUCACUAGGUCCCCCUGUGUGGUUCUGGGAUUUUUGCUCACCGUUCUUGUGAUCAUUUUGACCCCACGGGGUGAGAUCUUGCGUGGAGCCCCAGAUCGAGGGAGAUGAUCAGUGGUCUUGUAUGUCUUCCAUUUCCUAAUAAUUGCUCCCACAGUUGAUUUCUUCAAACCAAGCUGCUUACCUAUUGCAGAUUCAGUCUUCCCAGCCUGGUGCAGGUCUACAAUUUUGUUUCUGGUGUCCUUUGACAGCUCUUUGGUCUUGGCCAUAGUGGAGUUUGGAGUGUGACUGUUUGAGGUUGUGGACAGGUGUCUUUUAUACUGAUAACAAGUUCAAACAGGUGCCAUUAAUACAGGUAACAAGUGGAGGACAGAGGAGCCUCUUAAAGAAGAAGUUACAGGUCUGUGAGAGCCAGAAAUCUUGCUUGUUUGUAGGUGACCAAAUACUUAUUUUCCACCAUAAUUUGCAAAUAAAUUCAUAAAAAAUCCUACAAUGUGAUUUUAGUUGACGUGUACCUAUGAUGAAAAUUACAGGCCUCUCUCAUCUUUUUAAGUGGGAGAACUUGCACAAUUGGUGGCUGACUAAAUACUUUUUUUCCCCACUGUACUUCCAAUAUUAAAAAGGCCAUCAACCCCGAACGCUCCCGAAAUAACAGCCAAUCUAGAGUUGGUUGAUGUAGAAUGACCUAAGGUCCCCACGCCAUCACAUGUUUACAGUAGAAAUUGAAGCCACUGAUUGUUUUAUGAUUCCAUUAGUGCCGGAAGAAUGUCCAACGACAGCUACUGUAACACAUGGCAUGGACAUCAGUGAGUAUUUUGUCCAAUUACAUAUUAAAUGUGUUUAUACAGGGUUGGUGUCUCUAAUCCCUACAGUUUAGUCACUGUUCUACCACCCGGUACUCUACCCUGCACCUUAGAGACUGCUGCCCUAUGUACAUAGUCAUUGAACACUGGUCACUUUAAUAAUGUUGACAUACUGUUUUACCCACUUUAUAUGAAUAUGCUGUAUUCUAGUCGUGGCUCAUCCUAUGUACUGUAACUACGGCUGCAUACACCUUUUGUGUUCAUAUACUCUCCAUACUGUCUUUACACUCCAUUAUAUGUAAAUAUAUUUAUAUUCCGGUCUCUGACAUUUCUUAAUUUUUUAUUUAUUUCUUAUUUUCUGGAUUGUGUGUGUAUUGUUUUUUAAAAAUGUUAUUACUAGGUAUUACUGCACUGUUGGAGCUAGAAACACAAGCAUUUCACUGCACCUGCGAUAACUUCUGCAAAUCUGUGUACGCAACCAAUAAACGUUGAUUUGAUUUGCGUUUGAUCAGCAGAAUUGAAUGGCAAUGGCUUUAGCCCACUGAAAUGUCAAGGUUUAUUUACCAAAUGCACGGUUCAAAUAUUUCUUUUCCUUUGGGUUUAGCCUAAUAAAAGUGCCCUGAAAUAGUAGCCAAAUAGUCGAUUGGAUGAUAUCUUUUGAUGCUUUUGAGGGUGCCCAUUUUAUUCAAAAACAUUUGGGGGUGCCCUGAUUUGGGGCUCACAAACCAACCAUUACAUUUAACAUUUAAGUAAUUUAGCAGACACUCUUAUCCAGAGCGACUUACAAUUGGAAUGAAGAACUCUAUGUGUUGUUGUCUACGGCUGGAGCAGCGUUCUACUUCUAAUUAUCAAAUAAAUUAAAUCAAUCAGUCAAUACAUGAUAACAGUAUAGUGAUAAUGAUGAGUCUCUCUGCUCCCAUAAUGUUUUAAUCCACUGUGGUGAUGCUACCACAGCUAUAGAAAAACAAACCACAAAGAGUCUUGCAUCACUCUUAACUCAAGGACAGACUUUUUCUCCUCCCAGUAAUAGCGAGCUAUUCAACUCCUAAUAGCCCUGGUCCCUGGCUGGUACACAAUAUUACCUGUCAACCCAGACUUUCUAUAGAUCCUCAUUUAAGAACUGCUAAUAGUGGUACUUAUCAAUAUAAAUACUUUCAGGGGGACAUGGUGUUCACUUUAUAAAAAAGUUAUAAAGUAGUCGUCAGCUGGAUGGGGUAUUACAGCAUGCCCUAUGUAUUCUAUCAGACAGAGGGGAGGACCCUACGCAUAUUAAAUCACAAACAGGUACAGUUUAUCAGACAGAGGGGAGGACCCUACGCAUAUUAAAUUACAAACAGGUACAGUCUAUCAGACAGAGGGGAGGACCCUACGCAUAUUAAAUCACAAACAGGUACAGUCUAUCAGACAGAGGGAAGGACCCUACGCAUAUUAAAUCACAAACAGGCACAGUCUGCCAUGCUGUAUUCCAGGGAAACACGGAAAGUUCUCAUAAAUGGCCGGACAUCUUGUACACUCUUAGAAAAAAGGGUUCACAAAGGGUUCUUUGGUUGUCCCCAUAGGAGCACCCUUUUUGGUUCCAGGUAGAAACCUUUUGGGUUCUAGGUAGAACCCUUUUGGGUUCCAUGUAGAACCCUCUGUGGAAAGGGUUCUACAUGGAACCCCAAAAUAUUCCAACUGGAACCAAAAGGGUUCUACCUGGAACCAAAUAGGGUUCUUCAAAGGGUUAUCCUAUAGGGACAGCCGAAGAACCGUUUAGGUUCUAGAUAGCACCUUUUUUUCUUAGAGUGUAGUGUUGUAAUAAUGUGCUUAGAUGGCAGCGAGAGCUGUGGGGUUAGACAUGCUAGUAAUGUAUAGGUCCUGUCGUAUACACUCUGACACCAUUGACUUUUUCUAACAGUGAGAAUUGUUAGCAUACAUCUAGAUUUAGAUUUCCUUUGGUACCCUUCUCUACUUGGUUUAGUACACUCACAUGACAUGAUGUUUGUGACAGGACUUGUUUGUAUGUGUUGAGUCUGGUAGUGUCCACGUGACCCAUGACUUGAGGGAAGAGGAUGUCAUUCCUAUAACCGUACACAGUGAUGGCAGUCCAUCUAUCAUUAUGGUGACCUUUACAGUGUGAUCUACCACAGCGGUAAAUUGGCCCAUGCUGGUUGCUGAUUAUUUAAUUUUUUUGCUGACAUGUUAGCUCCCUUGGCUUUUGCUAUUGUUAUUUCUCAUCCACAUUCUUCACUGCGAGACUGACCAGGCAAAGCCAAUGUCUUUUUAAUGUGCCACAGUUUAUGUAAACCUGUGUGCACACACACACACACACACACACACACACACACACACACACUCUCACACACACACACACACAUACACACACACACACACACACACACACACACACACACACACACACACACACACACACACACACACACACACACACACACACACACAGCCUGUAGGCAUGUGUGUAGAGACCUGUCACUUCCCAGUUGCAUGGGUGCCCUGCACAUUGUCCUCCCACCCCCCACAUUCCUCUCGCUUGUUGGCAAGAGACCACAAAUCAAAUCAAAUCAAAUUGUAUUUGCCACAUGCGCCGAAUACAACAGGUGUAGACAUUACAGUGAAAUGCUUACUUACAAGCCCUUAACCAACAAUGCAGUUUUUUAAAGAAAAAUGUAAAAUAAUAAAGUGUUAAUUAAAGAAAAAAAUAAAAUAAAAGCAAAUAACUAAAGAGCAGCAGUAAAAUAAAAUAACAGUAGGGAGGCUAUAUACAGGGGGGUACCGGUACAGAGUCAAUCUGCAGGGGCACCGGCUAGUCGAGGUAAUUGAGGUCAUAUGUACAUGUGGGUAGAGUUAAAGUGACUAUGCAUAAAUAAUAAACAGACUAGCAGCAGCGUAAAAGAGGGGGAUGGGGUGGGGUGGGGGGCAGUGCAAAUAGUCCGGGUAGCCAUGAUUAGCUGUUCAGGAGUCUUAUGGCUUGGGGGUAGAAGCUGUUGAGAAGCCUUUUGGACCUAGACUUGCGGUAGCAGAGAGAACAGUCUAUGACUAGGGUGGCUUGAGUCUUUGACAAUAUUGAGGGCCUUCCUCUGACACCACCUGGUAUAGACGUCCUGGAUGGCAGGAAGCUUGGCCCCAGUGAUGUACUGGGCCGUACGCACUACCCUCUGUAGUGCCUUGCGGUCGGAGGCCGAGCAGUUGCCAUACCAGGCGGUGAUGCAACCAGUCAGGAUGCUCUCAAUGGUGCAACUGUAGAACUUUUUGAGCAUCUGAGGACCCAUGCCAAAUCUUUUCAGUCUCCUGAGGGGGAAUAGGUUUUUUCGUGCCCUCUUCACAACUAUCUUGGUGUGUUUGGACCAUGAUAGUUCGUUGGUGAUGUGGACACCAAGGAACUUGAAGCUCUCAACCUGUUCAACUACAGCCCCGUCGAUGAGAAUGGGGGCGUGCUCAGUCCUGUUUUUUUUCCUGUAGUCCACAAUCAUCUCCUUUGUCUUGAUCACGUUGAGGGAGAGACAUAUCAGUAUGGAUGACGGAUCACCACCUCAAGCUGAACCCUGGCAAGACGGAGCUGCUCUUCCUCCCGGGGAAGGACUGCCCGUUCCAUGAUCUCGCCAUCACGGUUGACAACUCCGCUGUGUCCUCCUCCCAGAGUGCGAAGAGCCUAGGCGUGACCCUGGACAACACCCUGUCGUUCUCCGCCAACAUCAAGGCGGUGACCCGCUCCUGCAGGUUCAUGCUCUACAACAUUCGGAGAGUACGACCCUGCCUUACACAGGAAGCGGCACAGGUCCUAAUCCAGGCACUUGUCAUCUCCCGUCUGGACUACUGCAACUCGCUGUUGGCUGGCCUCCCUGCCUGUGCCAUUAAACCCCUACAACUCAUCCAGAAUGCCGCAGCCCGUCUGGUGUUCAACCUUCCCAAGUUCUCUCACGUCACCCCCCCUCCUCCGCACACUCCACUGGCUUCCAGUUGAAGCUCGCAUCCGCUACAAGACCAUGGUGCUUGCCUAUGGAGCAGUGAGGGGAACGGCACCUCUGUACCUUCAGGCUCUGAUCAGUCCCUACACCCAAACGAGGGCAUUGCGCUCAUCCACCUCUGGCCUGCUGGCUCCCCUUCCUCUGCGGAAGCAUAGUUCCCGCUCAGCCCAGUCAAAACUGUUCGCUGCUCUGGCACCCCAAUGGUGGAACAAGCUCCCUCACGACGCCAGGACAGCGGAGUCACUCACCACCUUCCGGAGACAUUUGAAACCCCACCUCUUUAAGGAAUACCUGGGAUAGGAUAAAGGAAUCCUUCUACCCCCCCCCCCCCCCCCCCCCCCCCCCCCCAAUUGUAAAGUGGUUAUCCCACUGGCUAUAGGGUGAACGCACCAAUUUGUGAGUCGCUCUGGCUAAGAGCGUCUGCUAAAUGACGUUAAUGUGCCCUUGAGCAAGGCACUUAACCCUAAUUGCUCCUGUAAGUCGCUCUGGAUAAGAGCGUCUGCUAAAUGACUAAAAUGUAAAAUGUAAAAAUGUUGUUAUCCAGGCACCACACGGCCAGGUCUCUGACCUCCUCCUUAUAGGCUGUCUCAUCGUUGUCGGUGAUCAGGCCUACCACUGUUGUGUCGUUGGCAAACUUAAUGAUGGUGUUGGAGUCGUGCCUGGCCAUACAGUCAUGGGUGAACAGGGAGUAUAGGAGGGGACUGAGCACGCACCCCUGAGGGAACCCCGUGUUGAGGAUCAGCGUGGCAGACGUGUUGUUACCUACCCUUACCACCUGGGGGCGGCCCAUCAGGAAGUCCAGGAUCCAGUUGCAGAGGGAGGUGUUUAGUCCCAGGAUCCUUAGCUUAGUGAUGAGCUUUGAGGGCACUAUGGUGUUGAACGCUGAGCUGUAGUCAAUGAAUAGCAUUCUCACGUAGGUGGUCCUCUUGUCCAGGUGGGAAAGGGAAGUGUGGAGUGCAAUAGAGAUUGCAUCAUCUGUGGAUCUGUUGGGGCGGUAUGCAAAUUGGAGUGGGUCUAGGGUUUCUGGGAUAAUGGUGUUGAUGUGAGGCAUGACCAACCUUUCAAAGCACUUCAUGGCUACAGACGUGAGUGCUAUGGGUCGGUAGUCAUUUAGGCAGGUUAUCUUAGUGUCCUUGGGCACAGGGACUAUGGUGGUCUGCUUGAAACAUGUUGGUAUUACAGACUCAGUCAGGGACAUGUUGAAAAUGUCAGUGAAGACACUUGCCAGUUGGUCAGCACAUGCUCCGAGUACACGUCCUGGUAAUCCAUCUGGCCCUGCGGCCUUGUGAAUGUUGACCUGCUUAAAAGUCUUACUCACAUCGGCUACGGAGAGUGGUCCUCUGUAGCUCAAUUGGUAGAGCAUGGUGCUUGUAAUGCCAGGGUAGUGGGUUCGAUCCCCGGGACCACCCAUACGUAAAAAUGUAUGCACACAUGACUGUAAGUCGCUUUGGAUAAAAGCGUUUGCUAAAUGGCAUAUUAUAUUAUUAUAUUAUAGUGUGACCACAUAGUCAUCCGGAACAGCUGAUGCUCUCAUGCAUGCUUCAGUGUUGCUUGCCUCGAAGCGAGCAUAGAAGUGAUUUAGCUCGUCUGGUAGGCUUGUGUCACUGGGCAGUUCGCGGCUGUGCUUCCCUUUGUAGUCUGUAAUAGUUUUCAAGCCCUGCCACAUCCGACGAGCGUCAGAGCCGGUGUAGUACGAUUCAAUCUUAGUCCUGUAUUGACUCUUUGCCUGUUUGAUGGUUCGUCGGAGGGCAUAGCGGGAUUUCUUAUAAGCUUCCGGGUUAGAGUCCCGCUCCUUAAAAGCGGCAGCUCUACCCUUUAGCUCAGUGCGGAUGUUGCCUGUAAUCCAUGGCUUCUGGUUGGGGUAUGUACGUACGGUCACUGUGGGGACGACGUCAUCGAUGCACUUAUUGAUGAAGCCAGUGACUGAUGUGGUGUACUCCUCAAUGCUAUCUGAAGAAUCCCUGAUCAUAUUCCAGUCUGUGCUAGCAAAACAGUCUGCGUCAUCUGACCACUUUUUUAGUAACCGAGUCACUGGUGCUUCCUGCUUUAGUUUUUGUUUAUAGGCAGGAAUCAGGAGGAUAGAGUUAUGGUCAGAUUUGCCAAAUGGAGGGCGAGGGAGAGCUUUGUAUGCGUCUCUGUGUGUGGAGUAAAGGUGGUCUAGAGUUUAUUUUCCUCUGGUUGUACAUUUAACAUGCUGGUAGAAAUUAGGUAGAACGGAUUUAAGUUUCCCUGCAUUAAAGUCCCCGGCCACUAGGAGCGCUGCCUCUGGAUGAGCGUUUUCCUGUUUACUUAUGGCCUUAUACAGCUCAUUGAGUGCAAUCUUAGUUCCAGCAUCGGUUUGUGGUGGUAGGUAGACAGCUACGAAAAAUAUAGAUGAAAACUAUCUUGGUAAAUAGUGUGGUCUACAGCUUAUCAUGAGAUACUCUACCUCCGGCGAGCAAAACCUCGAGACUUCCUUAGAGUUAGUUUUUAUGUACCAGCUGUUGUUUACAAAUAUACACAGACCGCCACCCCUUGUCUUACCGGAGUCAGCCGUUCUAUCCUGACGAUGUAGCGUAUAUCCUGCCAGCUGUAUGUUAUCAAUGUCGUCAUUCAGCCACGACUCGGUGAAACAUAAGAUAUUACAGUUUUUAAUGUCCCGUUGGUAGGAUAACCUUAAUCGUAGGUCGUCCAAUUUGUUUUCAAAUGAUUGAACAUUGGCUAAUAGGAUUGAUGGAAGAGGCUGUUUACUCGCUCGCCGUCAGAUCCUUACAAGGCACCCCGACCUACGUCCACGAUAUCUCUGUCUCUUUCAUGCGAAUGAUGGGGAUUUGGGCCUUGUCGUGUGUCUGUAGGAUAUCCUUCGCGUACGACUCGUUGAAGAAAAAAUCUUUGUCCAAUACGAGGUGAGUAAUCGCUGUCCUGAUAUCCAGAAGCUCUUUUUGGUCAUAAGAGACGGUGGCAGAAACAUUAUGUACAGAAUAAAUUACAAAUAACGCGAAAAAACACACAUAAUAGUACAAUUGGUUAGAGGGCUGUAAAACGGCAGCCAUCUUCUCCGGCACCACUGUGCCUGUAUCCACAAAGCAUCUCAGAGUAAGAGUGCUGAUCUAGGAUCUGUCCAUAUAGCUCAAAAGAGAGAGGCUGUUUGAUCACUUCGUUGGGGAUGCAAUGAGGGUCGCUAUCAAGGUCUGGCAUCUCUCUUCGGCAACAACUUGAUAUUGUCAAUGCAACGAGGAAGUAAGAAGCUGGAUCAAAAGUUGAGGACGAACUGUUCUCUAAUGUUGAGGAUGACAUAACAGGAGAAGACAGGAAGCAAAGUCUUUUGCCACUCUCCCAGGGUGUUUUGUGGCUGUGGACUGGCCAGAAAUCACUUCUAUGUCUUAAUGAUCCACACUCUCCUCACGCCAAUUUUGAGACUAAAGUAAACUAAUUAACAAAGGACUAUAAAUACCGCAUUCACUAGACCAAAAGCUCUCCUCGAUUCUCUCAAGGCUUUGGCAAAUCUCUUGUUUGUCUGUUCUGAUUGUCAUUGUUUUGGCGCCAUGUUUUAGCAUCUACUUGAGGUACCCUGCCAAAUGAAUUAGAAUGUGAGAAAUGGAAUUGGCCCAAAACGCUACUUCAAAUCAACACUUAAAUAGAUGGACUGGCAUGUUAGGUAUCCGAAUCCUGCUGUGGCGCUCCUCGUAAUCUUCACAUUCUCUUACUGAGAGACGGAAUCAGAAUCCAUAUUCCUGGAGAGGGUUGUAAAUGUACAGAGCCGUGCCAUUAGGGAAGUGACCUCAGAGGUGACAUUGCACUGCUUGUACCGCAUCAAUUCUCUGUUGCUUCUAACUUUCUGCCCUUGUAGUCUCCAUUGACAGACACACUGAAUGCCAAAUCGAUCCCUAGCCCCUAGUGGUGCGCAGGUCAGCUGUUUUUCACCUGCACCCUCCCGUAAUUGCUAAUAACCCAUCCGCAACCACCUGACUAUAUGUGAUAAAGUGAAAAUCUGAGGCCCGCACCCGACCCUAACCCGCUAAUAUUGAAAAUGCGUUGUAAACUACAGUCAGAGAUGACGGAACGAUUUAUUUUACAGGGGUGUAGGAUUUUUUUUAUGCCUGAUUUAGAUGUUUCUGCUUAUUUCCGACAUUUUGGAAGGCACAUUUCUGACAUUUUGGUAGGCUAUUUGUUAGUCAACUUGUCUAUAAUUAGAUAGCCUACAAUAUAUGCAGCUUCUCUUCUGUCAUUAUAUGUUGCCCUAGAAGACUAAAUUAACCCUUGCUCACCAGAAUAAUUUCAUAAAUCGAUAGAAUUAUUGAUUAAAUCUAAUUGGCAUCGGUAAAGUUUUCUCUGUCAUCUCUAUUUCUUUCGCGGAGCAAAGACGUUUAGGGACCGGGGAUGAAAUGUAAUAACUAAAAAGAAAUGGGAAUUAAUUUCUGUGCAAAACCGGUUGUAAGGAAAUGGAAAGCUGUGAAAAUGAACCAACAUGUUUUUAUCCGUGUCACGACUUCGGCCGAGGCUGACUCCCCUCCUUGUUCGGGCAGGCUUCGGCGUUCGUCGUCACCAGCUUACUAACCACUGCCGCCCCAAUCAUCAUCACCUUUGUCUUGUCUUGUCAAUCACACACACCUGGUUCUAAUCCCCUCAUUAGUCUGUGUAUAAGUGUUCCCUCUGCCCCCCUGUCCUUGUGGGUGAUUGUUAUUUGUGAGAGUAGUGUAGCUCGGUGGAGCUACUCGUACAUUUUGUUGCCAGGGUAGAUUUUCCCCUGUGCCUAUGUAUUAUUGGAUUCUACCAUUACAGUGUAUUUGCCAGGAAUGAGAGUUUCCCCUGUGCCGGUGAUCGCUAUUUGAGCGCAUUUGUGUGUCCUCGAAGGAAUAAACUCUGUAUUCGGUGAUUACCCUCCUGCGCCUGACUCCUUCCAUCACACUCAUCACAAUCAGCUUUUAUGAUGCUGAUAAAGAUAGCACCAGUGGUGGGAAAAAGUACCAAAUUGUCAUACUUGAGUAAAAGUAAAGAUACCUUAAAAGUAAAUGACUCACGUGGAAGUGAAAGUCACCCAGUAAAAUACUACUUGAGUAAAAGUAUAAAAGUAUUUGGUUUUAAAUAUACUUAAGUAUCAAAAGUAAAACUAUAAAUCAUUUCAAAUUACUUAUAUUAAGCAAACGAGACUGCACGAUUUUCUUGUUUAAAAAAAAAUAAAAGUACGGAUAGCCAGGGGCACACUUCAACACUCAGACAUAAUUUACAAACUAAGCAUUUGUGUUUAGUGAGUCUGCCAGAUCAGAGGCAGUAGGGAUGACCAGGGAUGUUCUCUUGAUAAGUGCGUGAAUUAGACAAUUGUCACGAUCGUUGACUGAAGACACGGACCAAGGCGCUGCGUGAUAAGCGUACAUACUUUUAUUUAACGUACUUAACGACAAAAACAACAAACAAACGAUACGUGAAGUCCUGAGGUUAUAACACAACAAACCUUUACGGAUCAAGAUCCCACACACUAACUGGUGCCAACAGGCUGCCUAAGUAUGGUCCCCAAUCAGAGACAACGAGCUACAGCUGUCUCUGAUUGGGAACCACCCUGGCCAACAUAGAUCAACACGAUCUAGAACAAAAACAUAGAAAACUAAACAAUGAAAAUCCACACCCUGGCUCAACAUUUAAGAGUCCCCAGAGCCAGGGCGUGACAACAAUUUUCCUGUCCUGCUAAGCAUCUAAAAUGUAAAGAGUACUUUUGGGUGUCAGGGAAAAUGUAAGGAGUAAAAAGUGCAUUAUUUUCUUUAGGAAUGUAGUGGAGUAAAAGUAAAAGUUGUCAAAAAAUAUAAAUAGUAAAGUAAAGUACAGAUACCCCAAACAACUACUUAAUUAGUAUUUUUACUUAAGUACUUUACACCACUUGGUAGCACCUCUACUGCACAUAUGCAUUCUCUCAAGAUGCUGAAAGAAAUACAUCAUAGCCUAUUUCUCCACUCCUGUUCCCAAGUCAAACUGUAACCUAAAUUUGGUUUAUCAUUUUACUGCAAGAAAUACUUAAUUCUGCAGGAGUUCAUAUUAAGGCUAUGUGAGUGGUUAUAGACCUACUGUCAGUGUCCAGAUUUUAGUUUCCAUUUAACCCAACUGAACAGUAGGCUACAGUUCCCUUGACGUGCCAUAGGCCUAUUUGAAGUCCCGGUCUUGUGACUAUCGAAUUUGUGUAGUGCCUCACAAUCAUCACACAUAACACUGCUAUCACCCUCUUUUACCACUUCACCAAAUCUUUCACAAACAUUACUUUUCUGGCCCUCCUUCUCUUUAUUUUCAACUCCCUAUUUCACAGAUUUUCUCUUAUUGAAUUAAACUCCGACAUUGUCCCUUUUGUCUGUUGCAAAAAGCAUUUGGCGAUUGGCAUGUAGGCUAUUUGGCGCGCAAACAGUUAGGCCCUAAAUCUUAGGUUUACGCACUAAUGCCAGAUAGCCUUAAAUAAGGAAAGAACAACCUCAAUGUAGCCUAUAGAUAUAAAUUACACAAGAAUGAUACAUUUAUGGAUUUUUUAAGGUAUUGUUUUUUCUUUAUUCAACCCGCCUGCCCUUCAUCCACACAAUAUUUAAUGACCCUAAAUAUAACCGCGGGGACUGCGGGUUAUGAGUCAGCCCUCGCAUCACUACUAGCACCUACUCCCUAGCCACUCCUAGAUAUCUGGCACAGGUGGCUGGUGGCACAUUAAUUGGGGAGGACGGGCUCAUAGUAAUGGCUGGAACGGAAUUAAUGGAACCGUAUCAAACACAUCAAACAUGGGUUCCAGAUGUUUGAUACCAUUCCAUUCACUCCAUUCCAGCCAUUAUUAUGAGCCGUCCUCCCCUAAGCAGCCUCCUGUGGUACGUAGGGAGUAGGCGCUUAGAGUCAGUUUGGAAUUCAGCAUUCAUGUAGAGGCUACAGUAAGCUAACCAAUGACCCUUGUUAGUUUCUCUCCUCAAUACAGAGAGACCUUCCCUGUAUCAUGACAGCGUUAAAUGAAUGCCACCAUGAAACCAUAUGCAUCAGGUACACUACAAUUCAAAGGGUUCUCAGAAGUUACAGUACAUAAAUGGAGGAUUCCACCUUGCUCUGCCUGCUGGUCCUGCUAGCUCUUUCCAUGGCCAGACGGCCAGCCACUAAGAGCAGAGAAAGAACCAGAGCCAUGAAAGUAGUGAACGCCAUGCAGGGGCUGAGUUGAUGACGGCAGAGCUGUUUGAAGAGGGGACCAUUCUCCUGGGUGAGAAGGCCCUUCCUAUUAUGUUUAAUUUUUCAAUAUGUUUGGCUUUUAGACCGAGGGGAUGCGGCGUUAUGAGCCUGUAGCCUUGUUAUGUCACACACACACACAUGCAUAUAGAUACACACAAACACACAUACUGUACACGUUCACACAUGCAAAAAACAUACACACACACGUACAAAGCAUACAUACACAACGGCCCCCUGCUUUACAACCCCUAGCCAGCCAUCCUUUGAUCCUAGCGCCGCCACAGCGCUCACACCAAGAGGUAAGAGAAAAAAACAUAUGAAAUCUAUAUUUGAUAUUGACCCCUGACAGCAUAAAGUAUCUUGGGUUUGCCAAGAUGUCCGACACUGGGCUUGUUUUGUUUCAUCAAGAGGAAGAGGACUUUUUAUUUGAGCUCUAAGUUGUAGAUGCCUUCAUUACUGGACAGUCUCUGCUCUGUCCCUUUUUACCCUUUCCUUGGACAUCACCUUAAUUCAAGUUGACAUGUUCAAUCAAUAUUUUGAUCUUGAGUUCCUUUCAGCAAUUUUGUAAUAGAAUUAGUUGUUCCGUACCUCAAGGCUUGACCCGGUCAUCAAUUUUAUGUCUCGAUAUCAGCGCUAUUAGGAGGAAACUGUGUUUCAUAUCUUAGGGUUGCUUUAACUCAAGGAUGUCUGAAAGAGGCACUUGAGUACAUUAAACCUUUCACAUGGUUUGUUGUAGACAGUAUCUGAAAUCCUUACUGACUGUCUUUUAUCAUAGUUACUGACUACUUCAGAUACAUUACAACAAAGUAACAUUUCAGAAGUGUUGUUGUCAGUGGUGUAGUGCUAUUUUUAUAGGUGAGGGAGCGAAAAAAAAAAAAUUAUAUAAUAAUUUCCUCAACUGAAGUUUGUACCAACAGAUGAAGCCUAUUGAAUAUCAUUAUAUAGAAUAUGCAUAAAAUGCAUCCUCCAUUUGCAACAUCUGCCUAUGCCCACACAUAUUGUCUCAAGAACAUGUUCUAUUUUUAAUACCUUUAAACACCAAGUUAGGCCUAACCCUAACCCUAACCCUAACCCUAACCCUAACCCUAACCCUAACCUCAUUUCAAAAUAGGCCAUCAUCACUGUCAAUCGUGAAUGACAAUUGUUCAUGUUUUACUGGUGAAACUGCAUCUGCAUGCCAGUCAUUUGAUUGAUCUCAAUCAGUUUCAUGGGAACAGACUAUGCAUUUAGAUCUUCUUCAAUUACUGUUUCGUGAGCGAAUUAGAGCAGAUGGUGUUAACAAACUAUUAGCCUUGCUUGUAUUUUGUUUCAGUCAAAGCAUAUAUCCUGCCUAGUGGCGCGUUCUGUUGUGUUAUUGCGCAUGAGAAAAAAAGUGACUAUUCAGCUUCAGCUAAACAUACUAAAAUCUAAUUAGAAAUCAGGUGUUUUUGCUGUAACAGUAACGUUAUAGGCCUACUAUGCUAUGCUAUUAUAUUCGGUUCUAUUAUGUAAAAUACUCAUUAAUCAUUAUUUGAUCUUGCAAGACAUUGAUUCAGCUUUGAUCUAACUUUACUAAACGUGCACCAUUGUGAGAUGUGAUAAUAUUAUAUUUGUAUUAAUAAUAAUAAUAAUAAUAAUAAGUGAUGAAUAGGAAUUUUAGACGUAGGCAAUAGAUCUUGAUGAGUGUUAUUUUAAACGAUUGGAGCCCUCUUCGUGGUUCUGAAAGUGCACCGCCAGGAUCGCGCAAUGAUGUUAAUGAAGUUGAACCAACUUGUGGAGCUGAAGGAUAGCUGAAGGAUAGCGCUGCCUAUUCGGCUAGUUCAGGAACAAACAAUAAUAAUUUGCAGAAUAGCUUAAUAGGCUUAUGACAACAUGGUAUGUAGCUAUUUGUAGGCUAUAGCCUAAUGUACAUACAAAUAGGCUACAUAUAGCUUAAUAUCAUUGCACUGAUUGCAAGGAGAUCUUUAUUGUGAGUAGGCAUUUCAUUGUAUUGUGUAGUUUGCACGCUGUAUCAUAAAUAAACUUUGAUUUGAUUAGCUUGAACACAUGUUUACAAUAUACCAUAUUACAGAAUAAAAUAAAACAGAGAGGUGAACUAUCAAUUCAUAUAAUUUAUUUGCAUGGAUUAAACAUGGUAUAAAAUCAAUUGACCAAGUAGUGAACAUAAAUCAUUACUAUGUAAAAUUGCAGGAAAUUUGUUUUAAAACAACCAUAGAAUCAAGCUUUUGGUGAGGUGUAUUCAUGCAUCUCAAUAAACUAUAACGUAAAUGCAUUAUUACCUCCAACUUGUCCCAAAUCACAUUUCCAAUUUCCCACCCUGACAUAUCAAGCUAGAACGGGCCCUGCGUCUCAACCAAUAGCCAAUAUAAGCUAAAUAUCCCAAGCAGGGCUAUAGCAACUUCCAGAGAGGAUCAGGCUCCUUGGCAACUUUGCGGUGGCCACUGGUUUGGGUGUCCUCGGAAGAACGGUGUCGUCGUAACCAUGUGGCCACAUAUCAUUCUGGGUUCCACUGUGCAAGAGUAGAGAGGGGAUCCGUGGAGUUUUAUGAACAUCAAGGCAGACACAUGGUGAAUUUAGAUUUUUUUUCAACGUUCUGAUUGGCCAAAGUGGUAAGCCUCCGACCGGCCUCUGCAGUGCACACACAUAGCCUACAGUUCUUCAUCAUUCUCGCCACCGCCAGAGAGAAGACAGGGAACAAACCACCACUUACCUACCUCUAAGCUGCUAUACAUAUUUAUUUGGUAUGUCAUUCGAUCGUUUUUCAUGGAAUUCAUUUAGAAUUUAUCAGAAUACAUUUUCCGGAAAUAGUUUUACCAGCUCUGUGUAUUCUCAAAUUGAAAAAGGUGAGGGAGUGGCGCUCCCCCGUGCCCCGGCAGCACUACAACCUUGGUUGUUAUCCUCAAAUGUAGCUUUUGUGAUAUCUGUGAAAUGUAGACAUGUUUUUUGACAUCUGCAGUUGUCGUGUUCCUCUGGGGAUGUUUUUUGAGAAAGCUGUUUGGUUUCACACACAUCACAAAAAAUAACCCAUUAAGUCCUUUGGGAGGGGAGGCUCACUGGAGAAGGGUGCGGCACUGAACUGCAUGUGCGCUUGCCUGCAUGCCUGCGUGCAUCUGACAGACACGUCAUAGUGAUUACGUUUUUCUAUAUAUAUAUAGACAGUAAUGUAUCAUUCAUUACUCAUCACUUCAGUUGGAGGUGCAAAUGUUGAUAAAAACUGUUGAUAAAAAUACUGUUUUGCCUCCUCUAGCUACCUCACCUGCUUCUACUCUUCCCUGCAUACAGAUACAAUGUGUUUGCACUGUGCAUGAUACACACUACACACAAACAAACACUACUUACCGCUUUGCAACUCACUUUAACUCUCACUGUUUAAAUCUUACUCUGGGAGCUAAUAGCUCUCCACCCCUACUCCUCACCCCCUAUACCCCACGCCUGCUCUCCACCCCUGUACCUCACCCCUAUACCCCACACCUGUCCUCCACACCUGCUCUCCACGCCUGCUCUCCACCCCUGUACCUCACCCCUAUACCCCACACCUGUCCUCCACACCUGCUCUCCACGCCUGCUCUCCACCCCUGUACCUCACCCCUAUACCCCACACCUGUCCUCCACACCUGCUCUCCACGCAUGCUGUCCACCCCUGCUCUCUACCCCUGCUCUCCACCCCUGCUCCUCAACCCUGUACCUGACCCCCUAUGCCUCACCCCUGCUCUCCACCCAUCUCACUCAUACUCACUCAUACUCACCGCUACUUCUCACCCCUAUUCAGCAUCACCCCAGUUUCUCACCCCUGUUCAACCUCAUGCCUCACUGAGUCAUUGACUUACCAAGGCUAAGAGCGGAUGAUUUCAUUGCUUCCGUCUGACCUCUCUUCAUGACCCUGCAGUAUAUACUGGGUUUAUGUUUUUGUUACUGUUUUAUAUAUAGACCAGAUGCACUCACUAAUCAGCCUACAGCUAAAAGUCUUCCCAAUUUUUCAAUUGAACUUGAAGGCUCACUGAAGCAGCCAUGCUUACUUUAGCCCCAAACCUCUAAUAUGCUUAUGAAGAUCACUAGGAAGAUGUGCGUUAGAGUUAACACGGCCAAACUAAUGUAGAUGAACCAUUGAUUCUAAAGGGUACUGUAUCUUAUCACUCUCUUGUCGGGACUACCUGGUUUAAAACUCCUUUACCUCAUGUGGUAGCCUUGUCCCAGAUCUGUUUGUGCUUUUACCUACUCAAUUGUCAAAAAAUGCCAAACAUGACAUGACAAUUCCAUAAGGAGUUGGCAAGAGAGAAGAAACAGACUGGCACCCAGGCUAGUCAUGUGGUUGUCCUAUUGAGUAAGUCUUCCAAUGUCUGCCUCCACCCCCAGAGAUGAUGGACUUUUGUUACAAGCAAAGUUGCCUGAAGUUGCUAUGACGUGCACGUUUCACUGCAACCAUGACAUAAACAAUACCAUCUGCCUUUGUAUUAGUCAGUGGGUGGCAUGAUAGAAACCCCCAGUGCCUGUCAAGCUCAGAAACAUUGGACCUGACAUGUCUCAGCUCCAUAGAGAAGCGCCAACACACUGUGAAUUAUAGGCCUCACACAUACACACAGACACACACAUACACACAUACACACAUACAAACAUACACACACACAAACACACACAUACAAACAUACACACACACAAACACACACAGGCCCUCUGCAUGAUGCACUACCUGCAGUCUAGCACAGCACCUGCCUUCCCAACACAAUAACUGAACACUGUUCAGCUGAGCACCUGACGUACGUGUCCAUGGACCCCCAAAGGCGACCUGCCAGUGAAUCAGGCCCUCACCCUGAACGCCCCCAGCCCGCCUGUCUGUCUUUCUGUCUGACACGCUCAGCUGGAAAUAUCGCCACUAUCUGAGUGAGAGGAGCAUUCUGGGUACAGGUGCCACACUGAAUCAACCUGAGGGCAAGACAACAUGGUGUGUUAUAGACGGCAGAUACAAAAUGUUAUUGUGGAAUGAGACCACACUGUAUUUUUACAGGCCUUUUACAGGUGGUGUCAACCUUGUAUCUACAAAGGUAAUAAUGUGUUACAGUUGAAGUCGGAAGUUUACAUACACUUAGGUUGGAGUCAUUCAAACUCGUUUUUCAACCACUCCUCACAUUUCUUGUUAACAAACUAUAGUUUUGGCAUGUCGGUUAGGACAUCUACUUUGUGCAUGACACAAGUGAUUUUUCCAACAAUUGUUUACAGACAGAUUAUUUCACUUAUAAUUCACUGUAUCACAAUUCCAGUGGGUCAGAAGUUUACAUACACUAAGUUGACUGUGCCUUUAAACAGCUUGGAAAAUUCCAGAAAAUGAUGUCAUGGCUUUAGAAGCUUCUGAUAGGCUAAUUUACAAUUGAGUCAAUUGGAGGUGUACCUGUGGAUGUAUUUCAAGGCCUGCCUUCAAACUCAGUGCCUCUUUGCUUGACAUCAUGGGAAAAUCAAAAGAAAUCAGCCAAGACCUCAGAAAAAAAUUGUAGACCUCCACAAGUCUGGUUCAUCCUUGGCAGCAAUUUCCAAACGCCUGAAGGUACCACGUUCACCUGUACAAACAAUAGUACGCAAGUAUAAACACCAUGGGACCACGCAGCCGUCAUAGCGCUCAGAAAGGAGACGCGUUCUGUCUCCUAGAGAUGAACAUACUUUGGUGCGAAAAGUGCAAAUCAAUCCCAGAACAACAGCAAAGGACCUUGUGAAGAUGCUGGAGAUAACAGGUACAAAAGUAUCUAUAUCUACAGUAAAACUAGUCCUACAUCGACAUAACCUGAAAGGCCGCUCAGCAAGGAAGAAGCCACUGCUCCAAAACCGCCAUAAAAAAGAUGGACUACGGUUUGCAACUGCACAUGGGGACAAAGAACGUACUUUUUGGAGAAAUGUCCUCUGGUCUGAUGAAACAAAAAUAGAACUGUUUGGCCAUAAUGACCAUCGUUAUGUUUGGAGGAAAAAGGGGGUGCUUGCAAGCCGAAGAACACCAUCCCAACCGUGAAGCACGGGGGUGGCAGCAUCAUGCUAUGGGGGUGCUUUGCUGCAGGAAGGACUGGUGCACUUCACAAAAUAGAUGGCAUCAUGAGGAAGGAAAAUGAUGUGGAUAUAUUUAAGCAACAUCUCAAGACAUCAGUCAGGAAGUUAAAGCUUGGUCGCAAAUGGGUCUUCCAAAUGGACAAUGACCCCAAGCAUACUUCCAAAGUUGUGGCAAAAUGGCUUAAGGACAACAAAGUCAAGGUAUUGGAGUUGCCAUCACAAAGCCCUGACCUCAAUCCUAUAGAACAUUUGUGGGCAGAACUGAAAAAGCGUGUGCGAGCAAGGAGGCCUACAAACCUGACUCAGUUACACCAGCUCUGUCAGGAGGAAUGGGCCAGAAUUCACCCAACUUAUUUUGGGAAGCUUGUGGAAGGCUACCCGAAACGUUUGACCCAAGUUAAACAAUUUAAAGGCAAUGCUACCAAAUAUGAAUUGAGUGUAUGUAAACUUCUGACCCACUGGGAAUGUGAUGAAAUAAAUAAAAGCUGAAAUAAAUCAUUCUCUCUACUAUUAUUCUGACAUUUCACAUUCUUAAAAUAAAGUGGUGAUCCUAACUGACCUAAGACAGGGAAUUUUUGCUAGUAUUAAAUGUCAGGAAUUGUGAAAAACUGAUUUUAAAUGUAUUUGGCUAAGGUGUAUGUAAACUUCCGACUUCAACUGUAUGUCUUUCUCAGAUACUUCAAAGCAAUUCAUAUCUUCCUGGGUAUUAACUAGUACAUGGUGGUGCUUCUUUCAAUGAAUCCCAAAGAAACAAAGGCAGGUAAAUAAAGGACUGUAACUAACCAAUUGGCCCAUAUAUUUUCUUUGAUGGUCCAUACAUAGUCAGAGUGCUGAUACUGUACCACCACAUUAGCAAGAGGGUUCCCCAUCUCUAGUUAUGAUGUUAUGGUGAAAGGGCCAUGCUCUGCUGGGUACUUCUACAACAAUGACAACAACAGGAAUGGGAACAGCUUGCCAAAGAGCCAUCAGCUGCACUGGAUUAGUAAGAACAGAUUCCUCUGAGUAUUUGGGUGUGGACGGAGAGAAGGAAAGAAAGAAAGAGAAAGGGUGGGGAAAAGAGAGAGCUGCAGCCGUGGCCUCAGCUGUUCUUGUCGGCUGGACUGGAGCUCACACAACCCACUGUUUAUCCAGCUCUCUCUGUUGUUGUCCCCAGGCCUUGUCACACUGCUACACUCAGAGAGAAAAUGCUCUCUCUCUCUGACCAAAUCUAAUAUUAAUUUCUGCCUUUUUAUUAGCCUGUUGCCAAGUCCUGGAGAGCUCAAAGUCACUUACAGUGUCUAGAAUGUUCUCCUCCCAUACUCUCACACACUGCCUGUCACUCUAUGUCAGUGGUGACUCGUGACAGGGCUUACAGUCAACAAACCCAAUUGGUUGUGUCAUUCACAGAAGCUACUCACAGUCCCACCCGACAACCCUAAGAACCCUAAGUUAUUUGUCUUAGAUUGCCUGACUUUUUUAACAAACUUUUUUUGCCUUGAAUAAACAGAACAUAGCAAGGACCCAGAAGUUGCACUGUGUUGUCUCUGGAAGCCAGCCUGCUUUAUAUUUCAGGAAUAACCACAAAUAUUCUUUACAUUUAUUUUCUACUUAUUUUUAUCACCUUUCACUGAAGCAGUUGAAUCAAGUGUGUGUCGAAUUGUGCAAUUCUUCAUAUUUGCAUUGAUACGUGUGAUAAUACUACAACCUUAUUUGUAUAGCCGUUUUAUAAUCUGUGUACGUGCGCACGUGUGAGAGCGUCUGUGCGAGUGACAUGAGACACUGUCAAAGCAGCUUGUGUGUGUGUUCAGCUAGCUGCAAGUGUAUACUGUUGCAGUAUGCUUGUGCAGAUGGUUAGAGAACGUCUGUCAAUCUGUCCUCUCCUGGGGAUGUGUGUGUUCAAGGCAGGGAGGCUGUUCUACCUGACCUGGGAAAUGGAAGGUCAGACCAACCAGUGCAGACAAGAGGUAGUAAAGCUUUAUUUUACUGCCCUAUUUCAACUGAAUACACUAUACCUGUAUAGUAGCUAAGAUGUUAUGUGACAUAAUAUAUAAUAAGUGUAACAGAAAUGCUAUUAUUCUAUUCACAGCAUCAUGCCCUUGUUAUGAUAUAGCCUAGCAGUGUUAUUGAGGCAGUGCUGUCUGUUAAGACGUUGGGUCGUGAGUGGGAGAUGUACUGAGUUAUGUCUGUGUUCCAUUAGUACUAAUCAGUUCAACACACCAUCCUGGCUGUGUGAUUAACUACUGUUUAAUUCUGGGAGACCAGGGGAAAUGACUCUCUCAUUGUGAUUAGUUUAAUUUUUCAUUGCUGCUGACUGGAGUUGGAAUACAUUACUGAAACGAAUCCAAUCCACUGGAACUGCAUGCUCUGGCUAUGAAUUUGACUGUUAAUGUGCAUGUGUGUGUGUUCAUGUGCGUGUAUGCGGGUUUGAGCGUUUGUUCCAUUCUGCUUCAGGGGUUACCUUAGGAGAGUCCUUCCUAUCACAACAGCUUCCUUCAGCCUCACUGGACACUGAACAUUGCUGUAAUUGUGAAACGUUGUUGUUUCCCCUCCCAGAAAUACAGCACAUGUGAUCCAAGGAACUCCUGUGUAUUCCAUGCUACCUUAUACAGGGUCACAGAGGCGUUGUGAGGCGAUAUUGUGAGGUUUUGGGGAAACGUUCAUAUUGUCCUUCCCUGCCCCUUUCUUUCUUUCUUUCUUUCUUUCUUUCUUUCUUUCUUUCUUUCUUUCUUUCUUUCUUUCUUUCUAUCAUAUUGACCCAACUACCUGAUCAGAAAGUCUUACACCUCCCCUUUUUCUCUCCCACCAGGUGCUGUCACUGGGUGCCGACGUCCUGCCAGAGUACAAGCUCCAGGCACCUCGCAUCCACAAGUGGACCGUUCUCCACUACAGCCCCUUCAAGGCGGUGUGGGACUGGCUCAUCCUGCUGUUGGUCAUCUACACGGCUAUCUUGACCCCCUACUCCGCCGCCUUCCUCCUCAACGACCACGAGGAGGCGGCUAUGGUGAACUGUGGCUACUCGUGCUCGCCGCUCAACGUGGUCGACCUAAUCGUGGACAUCAUGUUCAUCGUGGACAUCGUCAUUAACUUCAGGACGACGUACGUCAACACUAACGACGAGGUGGUCAGCGCCCCGCUAAGGAUAGCGGUCCACUAUUUCAAGGGCUGGUUCCUCAUUGACAUGGUGGCGGCCAUCCCCUUCGACCUACUCAUCUACCGCAGCGGAGAGGAGGUGAGGAAGUGGGAGGAGGGGAAGGGCAUUGUGGGUAAAGGAAUUUUGUGAGGACUAUUGUGUGUUGGAAUGCAUCUUGGGUUAUGAGGAUUGUCAGAUGUUAUGAUGGCCUACUUAAGGCCUACAGUGUACUUUUUUUACUCGAUGCCUAAAUAACUGUGGUUGAAUCUUGAAUUUAAAGGUUUGAUUCUGUAUUUAAGGGUGGUUAGAUACAGUGGCCUAUAGAAAAUCAAUAAGGACCAAUGAAAACUAUUUGCAUUGAGCUUUUGGGACCUCCAAAGUAAAAUCUCCCUUUGAGGACUCCAUAAUUUAUGGACCUCCAAUUAACUAAAAGUAAGGGAUAUCCCCUCGAAGGCUGUGGAGCAGAAAAAACAACUGUGAAAGGUUGUACUUUCAACCUUCUUGCCAGUGUUUAAUUAAUUGAACCUGAAGUGGCCAGUAAGCCAAGGAAGUGGACAAUUUCCCCAGAAGAGGACAAAAAUGUAUUGCAAAGUGAGAAACUAGGUUUUCUGCCAAGUAGGGAAGUAAUCUGGACCUUAUUUAUUUGCUGUAUUGAUGCAGUGGGGGCUCCUUAAGACAAGUGUAAUGGAUGGGAACGGAACUGAACCAACCAACAACACAGUGUAUAAUAGAGUGGAUUGAACUGCUGCUGAGGGAUUGGGAUUGGUUACAAGUCUAGGGCAGAGGAUGACUCGCACGUUCUGUACAGUUCAGUAAGGUUGUUUAUCCUAAAUGGACAAUAAAGCUUUAAAACUUUGAACCAACCUCCUAAAUCAGGGGUGUCCAACCUUAUCUGCAGAAGGCCAGUGUGGGUCCAGACUUUUGUUCCAGUCAAGCAGUCACACACCUGAUUCAACCAGUCAACUAAUAAUAUGAGAUGAAUGAGCUGUGUUACAGCUUGGCUGGAGCAAAAGCCUGCAACACGGGCCCUGACAAGGUAAGAUCGGACACUAAACAAACCAUUUCUCCUCUCUCCUGCCAGACGACCACUCUGAUAGGCCUGCUGAAGACGGCCCGCCUCCUGCGGCUGGUGCGCGUGGCGAGGAAGCUGGACCGCUACUCGGAGUAUGGCGCCGCCGUCCUCUUCCUGCUCAUGUGCACAUUCGCCCUUAUCGCCCACUGGCUGGCGUGCAUCUGGUACGCCAUCGGCAGCGUGGAGCGCAACGGCAGCAUUGGCUGGCUCCACACGCUGGGCGAAUCUUUGGGGAAACACUACAAUGACACGGUGCCGGGCUCGGGCCCCUCCAUAAAUGACAAGUACGUGACGGCACUCUACUUUACCUUCUCCAGUCUGACCAGCGUGGGCUUUGGCAACGUCUCCCCCAACACCAACUCUGAGAAGAUCUUCUCCAUCUGCGUCAUGCUUAUCGGAUGUAAGUACGGGGGGGGGGGGGGGGGGGGGUUCCACUUCUGCUCAAAUUUAAUUUGUUCCUUGUUUUGUUGCAGUGUUUGCUAUCUUGGUAGCUGCUAACACUGAAUGGAAAUGUGGGAUAAAAACAGGUUUAGUGUUAGGGUUAAGAUGACGGUUUUAUGUCUAAAAAAGGAUUGUGUGGAUGUGACUGUUUUAUUUUUCUGCCUCACCAAGCAGAUCCCACUCAGUUCUGCAGCGUCGGGAGUGCAGAGAGGAUUCUGUCACAUUACAACAUUAAGUGGAUGAUGAUGAUUAUUAUGCAGUUACGAGUCUGACAGUAUUAACACAAGGUCAAAAUGUUUUCUUGUAAAAUAUGCAAUUAAGUACUUUUUCUAAUGAAACUGGAUUUAAUCAAGCCAUUUAUAAUUUAAUGUCUUAAUAUAUUAGCUAAAUAUUUCCUAGUACGACAUCAGCUAAUAUCUUUUUAAUAUAAAUACGCUUAUCAAAGUAUCUUCCUCUCCAUGAAACAAUUUCCUUCAUCGUGUUUGCCUGCAGACACUCUCACACACGCGCGCGCGCUAACGAUCAAUAUGGAGCAGGCAGAAAGCUAUAACGAUAAUGACCAGAUUUCAUUACAGAUCUCUGCAGAGUUAACACACAUAUGGAGAUGAUUAUUCAUCACUUACGCCUUGACUUUACAGCCAUCCAACAUGUAUAUAGAUCUCAUCUCUCAGAAGUAUAGACCCUAGACGCCAGACCAUACGAUGGUAGUGAGGUCUCACUGUAAACUGUAUGGGAGGUUGGGAGGUCAAUCGAUGGUCCAGGCUGGUAGAAUCCCAGUACGGCAAUGGUCUGUGGCUGUGGUAGUAGCUACUAGCUAGCAGGACUCCCUUAGGCUCUGACUGGGCCUCUGGUGAAGAUGAAUGAGCAGUAUGGGACUGACACAGCACCAGAUCCAUCACCUCGCAGCUUCACAGUCACACUAUGGGAGGGAAAGAGGUGAGGGGUGAUUCCUAGCUGCCCUUGUUUAGGAGAGAUCUACUCUCUGGGCCUAUAAUGGGAGGGCAUGCAGUGGCUAUGGCACAUACAGUCACACACAUGCAUGCACACAUAAAUACACACACACACACACCUGAGAUACCAUAACGUUGAACGUUUGCUCAACUCACAGUGCCCAAUGUGUAGUAGACAGCAGUAGUAUUCUAUUCACAAAAUCCUAACUCUCUUCUCUCCUCUCACCCCUACAGCGCUGAUGUAUGCCAGUAUCUUUGGGAAUGUGUCGGCCAUCAUCCAGAGGUUGUAUUCGGGUACAGCGAGGUACCACACCCAAAUGCUGCGGGUCCGAGAGUUCAUCCGGUUCCACCAGAUCCCCAACCCACUGAGGCAGCGGUUGGAGGAGUAUUUCCAACAUGCCUGGUCCUACACUAACGGUAUCGACAUGAACGCU